AUUAGUUGUUUAUCAGCAGGCCUUGAAAAACCGCGAAGGCGUGAACCAGUUCUUUUUGUUGUUCCGGUUGUUAGUAUCUUUUCUUUAUCAGUGCUUUGAAACCGAUUCCCACCAACUUGAAUUUAAUAUUUAUUGAAUUUCUUCAAAUUGUUGAAUUACCUAUCGUUGUUUGAUUAUAUAUUUAAACCUAAUGGACGUAUGUAUAAAUCAUUAUUACUUUUCUAAUUAAUUUAUCAUUUAUUAAUAAUGUUAAUUGAAAUAAUAAAAUUUGUUUUUCAAGAAUCAUGUCUUUUUGGUCGUGUUUUGGUCGGAAAAGUUCUAAUCGUUUCUAUGAAAACUACAUUGACGUUAUAGAUCUGAAUAGCUCGGAUCUGGUUGAUGUCCCGUUACAAAUAUUUAUGCAUGAAAGAACCUUAGAAAAGUUAUUACUAUCUUCUAACCACGUAAGAAUAUUGCACACGUUUAUAUUAACACUUUCAGAUUCAAGGAGUGCUCUAAAAAUGUAAUUUUAUCAUUUCAUCAUUUAUACAGUAUUAAAUAUACUACUUGUUAUAUACCUACUUGAUACAUUUAUUCAAAAACUUUAAAAAAUUAUUUGUCUUAAUACAAAAUUGAAUUUAACUGUUUAAUUGUAAUUCAUUAAUAAAUUAUUUUAGAAUUUAUACUCUAAUAUUUUUAAGCUAAUUUAUGACUAAUAUUCUUUAUUUUAUACCUAUUAUGACAUUGUUUUAGAUUAGAGAUUUACCAUUACCGUUAUUCCAUUGUGGCCAAUUGAAAGUGCUGCAUAUUAGUGACAAUAAAAUAGAACAUCUUCCAAAAGCAAUAGGAUCACUGGUUAAUCUGAUUGAAUUAGAUGUGAGCAGAAAUUGUAAGGGAAUUUGUUCGAUUAUUUUUUUCAAUUUAUAUUCAAUUUAUGUUUAUGAUUUAUUUUUUAGAUCUAUGCACAAUUGAUGAAAACAUAAAAAAUUGUAAGAAGUUGUCUAUUUUAAACUUAAGUGCUAACCCAUUAUCACUAGUACCGAUCCCUGUGACACAAAUAUUAUCGUUACAAGAACUCUGUUUAAAUGACACUCAAUUAGAAUUCAUACCUGCAAAUAUUGGACGUCUUGUUAAUUUAAAAAUAUUAGAAUUAAGGGAUAAUAAAAUAUCUCAAUUACCCAAGGCAGUUACUCGUUUAACAAAAUUGUUUAGAUUAGAUAUUGGACAAAAUGAUUUUACUGAUUUUGUAAGUAUCUGUAAUAAAAGUAGGUAUAAAUCUAGUUUACCAGACACUAUUAUUUUGUCUCAAAAAUAUAUGUUUUUGUAUGCUAAAUUUUAAUUUUCAAUAUCUAACAAAAUUUUAAUUUUUUAACUGACUUACUUUUAUGCUAAAUAUAAUUAGAAUUUUUCUGGAAACUAUUGAAGCAAUUUGAAAAAUGUAAGUAUGAAACAACCAAUUGUAAAUGUCCCCAUAACUUAACUACCAUGCUAAAGUUAUGGCAAUUUGAAGGAGUCAAUAUUUUUUUCCUAUUUAGGAAACGUUGAAAAGAAAGGGUGUUAUCAGAGGCCUGGUUUCGCGUAUUGAGGUUUAGGUUUAUAUUUAGGAUACUGUUCUUCUUACAGCAGUAUGAACUUAUAGAUAAUAUGCUGUUAUCCCCCUCCCCCCUGAAAAAAGACGCACUGCAGUACUUGAGUCGGCAAGCCAUUUUCGUAAUUCAUAAUUGUUUGAUCUGCGUAUUAUGUGUAGUAUAACUACAUCUAUCUUCAGCACAAAAAAAUUAAAAUUUUAAAGAAUUUUAAUUUUGUUUACCAUAACUACUUUCAUAAUGUAAUCUGACAAACAAUUCAAACAUAAUAUGGAAAAAAGUGUCUGGUAAAUUAGUCUGUAUAGAAUAUAGAAUAAUUAAAUAUUGUAACUUGUUUUAGCCUUCUGCUAUAAGUGAUCUUUAUGGAUUACAUGAACUAUGGAUUGAUUGCAACGAUAUAAUGGAUAUUCCUUCCGUAUGUAUAAAUAAUUAAAUAUAAUUUUACUGUAAUUAUAAAUCCUCCAAAAAUGUUCCAACAUUUUGUUUUUAGUUUUUCUAUGUAUUCAUACAUAUUAUAUAAAUUUAUCAAUCUUUAAUUAUUAUAUUUUUAUAAUGAUAAUAUCAUUAUAAUAUGAAUGAAAAUGAUUUAGUAUUUUUUUUAGGAAGUAAGCAAUUUACAUCAAUUGUGGUAUUUUGAUGCCAGUUACAAUAGUAUAUCUAAAAUUCAUGAAGAUAUUCAGUAUUGUAAAAAAAUUAAAGAUCUUCACUUAUCAUUUAACAAUUUAAAAGUAAAUAUAUAUAUUUUCUGUUUAAUAUUAAACAUUAAUGAAACUACUUUUCUAAUUGUUUAUCAGAGUUUACCAGAAUCUAUGAUGCAUUUACAUGAUUUAGUAACAUUGAAAAUAGAUCAUAACUGUUUGAAAGAAAUUAAUGGUGUUUUUGAAGGCCUCCAAAGUUUAGAAGAACUUGAUAUUUCUUACAACUUCUUAGAAACAUUAUCACCUACUGUAGGUUUGAUGAGAAAAUUAAUUAUUUUGCGUUUAGAUGCAAACCAGUUAAAUGACAUACCUUCAGGUAUUUCUUAUUUAUAUUGGGAAUUUUUAAAUAUUUGAGAUUAAUUGAUAAAUAAUAUUGUUAAUUUUCUGACUUUAGACUUAUGUAGUUGUAAGAACUUAAGAGAACUCAGUUUACGGUCAAAUAAUUUGUCACAUAUACCAGAUGGUAUAGGAAGUUUACAUAACUUAGUUGUUUUAAUGUUAACACAAAACAAGAUAAAAAAUCUUCCACUUUCAGUGCUAAAAUUGACAAAUCUCAAUGCACUUUGGCUUUCAGAAAAUCAAAGCAAACCAUUAACCCCUUUACAAAAUGACUACGAUGAGACUGGAAAACACAUUUUAACUUGUUAUCUAUUACCACAAAGAAAAAAUAGUUUUGUAGGUAUGUUAUUUGUAAAUUAAUAUUUAAUAUUCAUUAUAAACAAAAAAAAAAUAAUUUUAGUAUUCAUUAAUUUUGUUUAUUGCUAAUCAAAACAAUUAUUCAAUCAGUGGUUAAUAAUUUGCUAUUUUUAUAUUUUGUAUUAGUUUAUCAUUUUAGUUAUAAAAACUAAUGAGUAACAAUAUUAGUUCUAAAAAUAUUCAAAAUGUUUACUCCAAAUUAUUUAAAUAAUGUUUCUUAAUAAUUUGUAUAUAUUUAUUUUAAUUUAGAAAAUAAGAAUCAAAGUUUUAAACCUAUUAAGUCAAGCACACGGAUUAGGUUUACAGAUGACUGUGCAGGUUUAGAAGAACCUGGAAACUUAAGAAGAAUUCCUACACCGCAUCCUAAAAAAAUGAGAGCUUUUGCCACAAUGCUAUUAGAACGAAAAAAAAAGACACAUGUAAUAUUUUACAUUCAAGUUAGAAAAAUACCAAUAAUUUUAAUUAAAAUUAUAUUCAUUUUUAGGAAUCAUCAAGUAAUCCUAAAAUUCCACUGCCAAAAGAAAUGGCAAAUAAUCCUACAGACCAAGAAACUGGUGAUCAAGUUAAAAAUAGUGUGCUUGAAUCAGUAUGUAUAAAAUAAAUAUUAUUUUUGUUUUUUUUUUUUAAUGUAUACAAAUUGAAAUUUGUAUUACAGGAUAAAUUAGCUGAACAGAAAUUAAUUACACAAAGAUUACCUCCACCUUAUCAUAUCGCAGCUAUAUACUCAAAACAAGUUUCAAUUUUUAACAAUGAAAAUUUUACCUGACUAAAGGAAACUUGAUCAGUAAGAAUUUAAAACAUGAAGUAUACUAAUUUUUAUAUCAGUCUAUUAUUAUUAUUUAAUACAAAAAGAAAUCAUAAUCCUAACUAAAUGAUUGUUGUGUUCAGGUUGUUAAGUUUUGUGUAAACCAGUUUGUUAUUUAACAAUUAGUAACAAUAAGUUAAUCUUAAAUGUCAUUUAUAAAAUAUUUAUUUUAAAAAUAAAUGAAAUAAUUCAAAUAAGUUAUCAUAAACUAAGAAGUAUGAUUAACCUUCUACUAUAGAUUUAAUCUUCCUUAAUACACAUCUAUAUUAUAAAUCUAAUAUAAUUUAAAGAAAAAGUAGUAGGUAUAUGAAUAAUGUGGUCAUACAUCAAACAUUUUUAUGCGCUGUAAAUUACCAAGAAUUAAAAAUAAACAAAUGUAUGAAAAAUGAAUUAUUUAAUAUUUUAUUAUUCAUGUAAGUACAUGUAUUUGUUUAGUUUAUUAAUUAAAUUAAUAUUGUCUGAUGGACAACUACUCAAUACACCCUUUUUUUCUAUAUUUGAUUUAUGAAAAAUAAUACAUUUUAUUUUUCUGAAGCUAUACUAUAUUUAAAAUAAGCAGAAACAUGGCAGAUAAAAGUAUAUCAGAAUGUACAAAUGCAUGUGUUGUGUUAAGUCUAUUACAGGUUGGAGGUUGGUAUUCCUUAAGGUCUGGCAACAUUCAAAUACUCAAUCUUGUAUGCUAAUUGGUGUCUUCUUAUUUUUAAAAAUGUAAAAAUAAUUCAGUGCAAUCAUUCAAAAUUAUCUCUUUAUGUUUUAAUCAAUUUUUGGAUUUUUCCUCCUUAAAUAAUGAUAUUAAAUAAAUAAAAUUAGUGAAACAGAUUUUAAAAAAAAGAUGUACAUACUUGUCACAAUGAUGGUCACUGUUGUAGGUGAAAAGUUGGGACUGUUGGAUAUAGAGAGAAAUUCAAUGUGUAUUUGUAUGCAACAAUUAAUUAUUGCCAACAAAAAAUGAAUCUGGGUGGAGUUUGGUUAUACAUGUUUUGAGAGGCUUUAUUAUUUACAAUUUCUAUACAAAUUUGAUAUUAAAAUUCUUAUAAAAAACAUUGUAAAACCAAUAAAUUUCUCAUUUCACUCCAAUCUAAAAUAUUAAUAGCAAUUAUAUAAUAUUUCAUAACAUAAUAAGUGGACUUGGUUUUUUUAUUUCUAUAUGAAUCUAAUAAAGCAUUUAAUAUAAUAGGAACAUGUUAAAUAUGUAACACAUUUUAUCAAGUAUCAUUUUUUUUGACAACUAAUCAACUAAUAACAAAUUUUAAAAAUAGUUGAUAAAUAAAUAUUAAAUAUAACUUAUUAAUUACAAUUUUGACUGAAAUAAUAAUUGUUAUUCGUUUAUAAAACUAAUCAUCAAUUAUUCAUUAUUGCUUACAAAUUUUUAAAUUUACUAUUUAGAUUAUAAUUUUCACUAAUUCAGUAAAGUUGAUUAACGCAUGCGGUUAUAACGUCCAUAUAGCGAUCCCAUGCUUUUUUAAUUUCUGUAUCUCU